AAAUGUGUGUUUUUAGUUUCUACUUUGAGGUUAUCUUAUGUUUAUCUUGUCAUCUUGUGUUUAGUCGACUUUCUUGAUGUUUUACUAUUAAAUAAGGAUUAGUUCUGUUUCAUUUCUUGAAGAAUAUUAGAAUAUAAGGCCAGAAAAUGAAUAACUAGUUUAAUGGCUGGAAUCAUACCAGAUUCUGAUAGUGAGGAUGAACUUCCCCGUUGGGAAGAACGAGCAACUGUGGAUGGAUGUGUCUACUAUGUAAACCAUUUGACUAAAGGAACACAAUGGACCCAUCCAAGGACCGGAAAAAAGAAGCGUGUGAAUGGAGAACUUCCUUUCGGUUGGAUAAAAGUGGUCAAUGCUGAUGGUAAAGUUGUUUACAAAGAUCAAGAAAGUGGACGAACCACUUACACCGAUCCAAGAUUAGCUUUUGCUGAGGAAGAAAGAUUUCCUAUGGAUUUACGCCAGAGAUUCGAUUGCUCUAGUACAGCUAGGCAGGUUCUACACGGCCAAGACCUAAAUGGAAAAGUAGCCAUUGUUACAGGUGCUAAUUGUGGAAUAGGUUACGAAACGGCAAGGGCUCUAGCCCUACAUGGCUGUCUGGUUAUAUUUGCCUGCCGUUCCUUAGACAGGGCACAAGAGGCCAUCGACAAAAUAAAACAGGAGCGGUCUGCAGCCAAAUGUUUAGCAUUUGAGUUGGACCUUCAAUCUCUUGCCAGUGUCAAGUUGUUUGCUGAUCAGUUCAAACGACGUUUCAAGUCACUAAAUAUUCUCAUUUUGAACGCGGGCGUGUUUGGCAUUGCUUAUUCACAGACUGCAGAUGGCUUGGAAACCGUGUUCCAGGUGAAUCAUCUGAGUCAUUUUUAUUUGACGUUACUUUUGGAAAAGCCUCUCGCAAAAGCAGCGCCAUCAAGAGUGGUCGUCGUCUCAUCAGAGUCACACAGGUAUGCCAAUUUGAAGUUGGAAUCUCUGGAUGAGGAUGCUCUCAGUCCUCCGAAUGCCUCUUGGUAUUGGUCGAUGAUGGCUUACAAUAACUCAAAACUCUGCAAUGUAUUGUUUGCAAAUGAACUAGCUGAAAGGUGGAAGACAAAAGGCAUAUGUGUGUAUUGUUUGCACUGGCAAUAUGGUGUGUCAUAUAUCAGUAGAAAUUGGUGGUUCUACAGAAUACUUUUUGUUGUCAGACCAUUUACUAAAUCUUUGGAGCAAGCAGCCAGCAGCUCGGUGUACUGUGCAACUGCCAACGAGUUGGGCGGAAUAACUGGAUUGUAUGUGAACAACUGUUUCCCAUGCAAACCCAGUGCAGCAGCCUUCAACUCUCAACUCUCCGACAAAGUGUGGACCCUCAGCUGUGACAUCAUUAAACGUUUAUUACCCGACAAUCAUGAACUGAAAUGAGCUGCCAACGAAUAAUUUGUAUGUGAUAUUAAUUAUAUAUUUGUAUUCUAUUGAUUUGUCUCUAUAUCUUGUAUAACAUUUUUUUAAUUUUCCAAUAAUCGUUGUUAGUGUUUUCAUUUUUCUCAAGUGGUGACUUUUUAGAUAUCCAUUAUGAAUUAUUCUUAGUAUAUAUCUACAAUGAAUAAAAAUACUGGAUUCUGUUAUUACUUCAAAUUCAUCUAGAUAUACUAAAAUGUUUUUUUUUUUGUAAUAUUUUGAACUGCAAAUUAGUGUUAUUCACGCUGUAAUCUGUAUUAUUAAACAUUCAUGCAUUGCUAUUGGUUUAUUAUCUUAGCCAUGUAUGAAGGAGUAUUUUCAUACCAAUUAUUAAUUUUCAAUACUCCCUUGGUUCUUAUAAUGAUCAUGAUAGUCGAUUCUUUAAUAUUUAUUACAAAAUAUAUGUUUUUAUAUUAUGUAUUAA